CUAAGCUCGCAGACGAGGCGUCAAAAGUUAUUUAGAAUCGAAAUCUUGGCAUAUUGUGUCGAUUGUUCAAUUGCGCUCCAGCAUCUUCAUAACACUGUACGCCCAGCCGCCUAUUGAGGUUUCUUUACUGGAAGAGGGGAUUAUACUACACAUCAUGUCGCGACCAGAAGAUAUAUUACCUCCCGACCUCUUCUACAAUGACUCCGAGUCCCGCAAAUACACCACCUCGUCCCGCAUCCAGCGGAUCCAGUCCGACAUGACGCACCGCGCGCUCGACAUGCUGGACCUCACCUCGCCGUCCAUGAUCCUCGACGUGGGCUGCGGCUCCGGCCUCUCUGGCGAGAUCCUGUCCGCGUCCGACGAAGACGGCACGCCAGGGGGCCCGCACGUCUGGAUCGGCUUCGACAUCUCCGCGUCGAUGCUCGGCGUCGCGCUCGAGAAGGAGGUCGAGGGCGAUUUGUUCCUCGCCGAUGCGGGACAGGGCGUGCCGUUCCGCGCGGGCACGUUCGAUGCUGCGAUAUCGAUUUCUGCGAUACAGUGGCUUUGCAAUGCGGAGACGAGUGAGGAUAGCCCUGCGGGAAGGCUUUCCAGGUUCUUCAAUGGGUUGUAUGCGAGUUUGAGAAGGGGUGGGAGGGCCGUGUGCCAGUUUUAUCCUAAGAACGAUGAGCAGAAGCAGAUGGUUAGCUCGGCGGCUGUCAAGGCGGGGUUCGGAGCGGGUUUGCUAGAGGAUGACCCCGGGACAAAGAAUGCGAAGACGUAUCUUGUUUUGACUGUGGGUGGUGGGGAUACCGAUGGAGACAUCACGGGUGUCGUUCGGGGUAUGGAUGGUGUGGAUGUCCAGGAUAGCAGGAGGAGAGGUAGGGACAGGCAUGGAAAGGAUGUCAAGGGAAGCAAAGCAUGGAUCUUGCGCAAGAAAGAACAGCAAGAGUCGAGGGGCAAAGUGGUCAAGGCUACUUCGAAGUACACUGGCCGCAAGCGUAGGAUCCAGUGGUGAGGAGCCUACAUGGCUUUGCUCUCUUUCUUCUUUUACCAAAACGAUUUUCACGAAAUGCAUUAGCGCGGAGUUUUGGGGGGUAUAGAAAUAAAGAUUCAUGCAUGCUGGCUAGCUAUAUACCACCUAAAAGUACAGCUCUAUUCACAUGCGCGUACUUGUACAUAAAGCCGUAUCCAAUCGCCCCAGGUCUAUUGCAUAUAACUACCAAACCGGAAAGGGUAGCAAUCGUUGAGUGUCAGUUACGUGAAGCAAGGUUUCGACGACCUUGGUCAGCCUAUGCCUGCUCCAUCUUGCUAAGG